CCCACUCUCGCGACCAAACCACCACCACACGCGCAAACACUCCAUCCACACAACACAUUCUCAUCACAAACACUCAUCAGAACAACACACACAGCAGCCGCAAUCAUGCAGAUCUUCGUCAAGACUUUGACCGGCAAGACCAUCACCCUCGAGGUUGAGUCCUCCGACACUAUCGACAAUGUGAAGAGCAAGAUCCAGGACAAGGAGGGCAUUCCUCCGGAUCAGCAGCGUCUCAUUUUCGCCGGCAAGCAACUUGAGGACGGCCGCACCCUGUCUGAUUACAACAUUCAGAAGGAGUCCACCCUCCAUCUCGUCCUCCGUCUGCGUGGUGGUAUGCAGAUCUUUGUCAAGACUCUCACCGGCAAGACCAUCACCCUUGAGGUCGAGUCUUCCGACACCAUCGACAAUGUCAAGUCGAAGAUUCAGGACAAGGAGGGUAUCCCACCAGACCAGCAGCGCUUGAUCUUCGCUGGAAAGCAGCUCGAGGAUGGUCGCACUCUAUCCGACUACAACAUUCAGAAGGAAUCCACACUUCACCUUGUCCUUCGUCUCCGUGGUGGUAUGCAGAUUUUCGUCAAGACACUCACCGGCAAGACUAUCACACUUGAAGUCGAAUCAUCAGAUACCAUCGACAACGUCAAGUCGAAGAUUCAAGACAAGGAGGGUAUCCCACCGGACCAGCAGCGACUCAUCUUCGCCGGUAAGCAGCUUGAGGACGGUCGGACGUUGAGCGACUACAACAUCCAGAAGGAGAGCACGCUCCACUUGGUGCUUCGUCUGCGUGGUGGAAAUUAGGCGGAGGUGAUGCGGAUGCGAGACUUUCUGACUUUUGAGCGACAUGACAUUACGAGCGACAUGAACUGAGGCGAGGCUGGCCGCCGGCGUGCGGUGCCUGCAGCAGAAGACGCUACCACUAUUGAAAAUGAGCACGAAUACAGCAGCCGUGUGCGGCUUGGACGCUGUGAUAA